AUGGAGGGUGAAGAAGGAGCCUCUUUCGAGUUUGACGUUGAUCGCUUGGUUAAUGGUCACAGUGCCCCAGUCUCUCCCUCUCCCGUUGAAAUACCUAGUAAUCUUUCUAAUGAGCUUGGCGAGCUAGGCUCAUCAUCUGGAAGCAAUCCGCCUCCUCCAAUGAAUGAAGCAAUUCCCAAACAGAAGCUCAUGACAGUCGCAGCAUCUACAAAUGAAAGCAAUAGAAAAAUGGCAGUCGCUGCAGGUGCAGGCUCCUCCUCAUUCCAUCCUCCAUUGAUGGGGACUUGGAAGGGGAUUGGAGUUGUACCUGGAAUAUCACCCUCUCCCUGGAUCAACCAAAAUCAACCUUUUACGCCUUGGACUUCAUUAAGGUACCAAGAUUACUUGAUAAAUCAGAGACAACUACAACCUCAUCAAGUGCCUGGAAUGACAAAUGUGAAUGAUCCAUCAUACCAGCAGAACUACUCUAUGCUACAUGGAGCUUCUAUAGAUUCAAGGCUCCCACAAUUUGGUUACCAUAAUGGAAAAACUAAUGAGGGAUUGGAUAUUUCGCCAUAUUGUAACUCAUUGCCUUCAACGUCAAGGUUCCAGCAGCAUAUUCAUCCAGCUAACUUGUUUGAUCUGCAAUUGCAAUGCUGUAAUUCCUGGCAGCAGCAAGAAUCUCUCAAACUUUCAGGGGCUCAGAUAUGUCAACCUGAAGAACUGGCUAAUCAAAAUGCAAGAAGAAUUACUGACCUUGAGACAUCUCAACAAACUCAACUCUUUAAUACUUCAGAAACUCUUCAGGCAAAUAUGAAUCUUGAUUACAAGUUGCUGUAA